GAGGACUGCCCGUUCGUGCUCGGGCAGCAGCUCCGAGACGCGGCGACCCGGGGGGGGGCUGGGGUUUUAAUUUCUCCUCUGCUCCUCCUGUCUUCCGAUGUCCGGACGCUGCUGAGACGGGGCUUCCCCCACAGACGGCCCCUCGAACACCUGGGCAGGUGCGGCGGGAGUGCCCGCUAAUGGAGGUGGGACAGGUGAUGCGGACUUGUUCAUCGAGCGCUUCUGUAUGACGGGAGGAAACAGUCCUAUAGGUUACCUGAAGGCCUACCACACCAACUUGUAUCUUUCUGCUGACUCGGCCAAGGUUCGAGAAGCUCUGGAAGAAGGUAUAGCCGCAGCCACCAUGUUCACUCAAGAGAAAAUGAAGGAAGUAUCAGAGAGUCAGCUUCAAGUUGCCUUUGACGGUGACGCUGUCCUCUUUUCUGAUGAGUCGGAACGCAUUUUUAAAGCCCACGGAUUGGACAAGUUCUUUGAGCACGAGAAGGCACAUGAGAACAAGCCACUGGACCAUGGCCCCCUGAAGGGCUUCUUGGAGGCUUUGGGAAAACUACAGAGGAAGUUUUUUGACAAAGGCCUGCGUAUGGAUUGCCCUAUCCGUACCUACCUGGUGACGGCUCGCAGCGCCGCUAGUUCAGGUACCCGAGCCUUAAAAACUCUGCGUUCCUGGGGCCUGGAAAUAGACGAGGCCCUUUUUCUAGCAGGAGCACCGAAGGGCCCCAUGCUGGAGAAGAUCAGACCACACAUCUUCUUUGAUGAUCAGAUGUUUCACGUGGAAGGUGCGGCCGAGCUUGGCACGGUGGCCUGUCACGUUCCCUACGGUAUUGCUCAAAAAGUUGCUAAGAAAUGACUCCGAGAAGCAGUUUUGAGCACAUCAAGGUAUCAACGUGGGUUGAAAAGGCAAUAACAGUCAGUCAAUUGUGUAUGCUAACAGAAGGUUACAUAAAAAAAUAUUGUAUUUCUUUUUAUAUUUUAACACUUGUAAAUCAUCAUUUUGUCAAUUUGGUGCCUUGUCUCAUAUGUUGUGUUUAAUAUUGGUCUUGCAUGUCAGUGGCAUGUUGUAAAUGUGCUCAAUUACUAUUCAGGUAUUUUUUGAUCGGAAAUGUGGCAUAUUGGUAAAAGGAAAAAAUAUAUCGAAAUGUAACAGAUAUAAUGUUGUAUGGGCAAGCUUCUAACCGAGCUCGUUGUGCCUCCUUUCUUGUUUGGACAUUUAAGAGUGUGGCACAUGUCUUCAGAGAAUAAAAACAAGAGACACUACCAGCUGCAGUUAAUCAUAAUCAUCACUAACAAGAUAAGUUAAUAGGGCAUAUAGCCUUAAGGACAAUAUGGCACUUUCAGAACUUAUUGUUAAUAGUUGAGCCUGUAU